AUGUCUUCCACCAGGGACCUUCUCCGCUUCCCAGAAACUGAUCGCGCCCGAAUAGACGAUUACCUACCAUCCAAAAGUUCUAUUUCAACUGCUCACUCAAAGUCACUUCCACAUACAACACUCACAUUUGCCACUUCUAUGGACUCUCAGAUCACCAUGCGUCCCGGCAUUGGUUCACCCUUGUCUGGCCCAGGCUCAAAAGCAAUGACGCAUUACUUGAGAUCGAAACAUGAUGCUAUAUUGAUUGGUGUCAAUACAGCAAUUGCAGAUAAUCCAAGUCUGAACUGCAGGAUAGAAGGGGUUGGAGGUUAUGGAGGCGGAAAGAGUUUAAAGGGGCAACCAAGACCGGUGAUAAUUGACCCUAAAGGCCGAUGGGAUUUCGGAGAGGAAAGUAAAAUUUUCGGGUUGGUGAAGGAUGGUAGAGGCAAAGCUCCUUGGAUCAUCACUGCCCAGAAAGAAAAUGAUAUAUCAAUUGAAAAGAGAGAAUUUCUAAUAGCGGCGAGCGGUAGGUUCAUAUAUUUAUCACCGGACCACGAAGGAAGAUUCUCCUGGCAAGAUAUUCUAGAAGCGCUCUGGAAAGAGGGGAUCGAAAGCUUGAUGAUCGAAGGAGGUGCUGGAAUUAUUAAUGUCAUGCUUGCUGAAGGUCAAAAAUUUAUAGAUGGAGUUAUAGUAACUAUAGCACCAGUAUGGCUUGGGAAGGGGGGAGUUACUGUCCUUCCAGAAAGGGAAAAUCCGGGAAAGGAGACAUUUCGGUUGAGAGGAGUAAAGUGGAUCCCGCUUGGAGAAGAUGUUGUUUGUUGUGGAAGGGUUACUGAUUUCCAACGCGAAUCUCCUGCCACGUUGUAA